GGCCCCGCCGAGGUCGCCGCGCCCCCACCCCAGCGCGGGAGCGCUGGCUCCAAACUCCCAGAACUUCCGGGCGGAGAAAAGUCGGGGCUGGCAGUCCCCGCCCGGGGACCCCCCCCCCCACUCCGGGCGGCGCUCCCUGCGCACACGUGCCCGGACCCCAGGAGGGGCUGACGGUCCCCGCACGCGUGGCAGUCCACGAUGCUCAUGAGGAAAGUGCCAGCCUUCGUCCCGGCCUCGCCGUGGGGGCUGCGGCUGCCGCAGAAGUUCCUUUUCCUUCUUUUCCUCUCGGGGCUCGUCACCCUGUGCUUCGGGGCCCUCUUCCUGCUGCCCCACUCCUCUCGCCUCAAGCGCCUCUUCCUGGCCUCCCGGACCCAGCAGCCUGGCCUGGAGGUGGUGGCCGAAGUUGCCGGCCACCAUCCGGCCCAUGAGCCUGAACCUCCACCCAACCCGGCCCCCGCGAUGCCGGCCCCAGGCCAGGGCGAUCCGGGCAGCCUAGGCAGUGCCCGACGCAGGAAGGGAUGGCCGCGGCGCACCCGCCCCACCGGACCCCGGGAGGAGGCCACGGCCGCCCUGGGGAACGGCAUCGCGGUCCCUAGGCCUGGCGAGGAGAGUGUCCCGUUCAGCUUUGACUUCAAUGCUUUCCGGAGUCGCCUCCGCCACCCGGUCCUGGGAACCCGGGCCAAUGACCGUAAGGAGCCCCAGAGCCGAGUGCGAGCCCAGCAAGAGAAAAUCAAGGAGAUGAUGCGCUUCUCCUGGCAGAGCUACCGGCGCUAUGCGAUGGGCAAGAAUGAGCUCCGCCCACUCACCAAGGAUGGCUACGAGGGCAGCAUGUUCGGUGGCCUCAGUGGGGCAACCAUCAUUGAUUCCCUGGACACGCUGUACCUCAUGGAGCUGAAGGAGGAGUUCCAGGAAGCCAAGACCUGGGUGGAAGAGAGCUUCCACCUGAAUGUGAGUGGGGAAGCAUCCUUGUUUGAGGUGAACAUUCGCUACAUUGGGGGACUCCUCUCAGCCUACUACCUGACAGGAGAAGAGGUGUUCCGAAUAAAGGCCAUCAAGCUUGGAGAGAAGCUCCUGCCUGCCUUCAACACCCCCACAGGAAUCCCAAAGGGCAUAGUGAACUUCAAAAGUGGAAGCUGGGGCUGGGCCACUGCGGGCAGCAGCAGCAUCCUGGCAGAGUUUGGAUCCCUGCACCUGGAAUUCCUACACCUUACCGAGCUCUCCGGCAACCAGGUCUUUGCAGAAAAGGUCAGGAACAUCCGGAAAGUCCUGAGGAAAAUCGACAAACCCUUCGGCCUCUACCCCAACUUCCUCAGCCCUGUGAGUGGGAGCUGGGUACAACACCACGUCUCGAUUGGAGGACUUGGGGACAGUUUUUAUGAAUAUUUGAUCAAAUCCUGGCUGAUGUCUGCCAAGACAGAUAUGGAAGCUAAAAAUAUGUACUACGAAGCCUUGGAGGCCAUAGAGACCUACUUGCUGAAUGUCUCUCCUGGGGGGCUGACCUACAUUGCUGAGUGGCGAGGGGGGAUUCUGGACCACAAGAUGGGGCACCUGGCCUGUUUCUCAGGGGGCAUGAUCUCCCUUGGCGCAGAGGACGCUAAGGAAGAGAAGAGGGCCUACUACCGGGAGCUGGCAGCCCAGAUCACCAGGACGUGCCACGAGUCCUACGCCCGCUCAGACACCAAGCUUGGGCCUGAGGCCUUCUGGUUCAACUCCGGGAGGGAAGCGGUGGCCACCCAGCUGAGCGAGAGCUACUACAUCCUGCGGCCCGAGGUGGUGGAGAGCUACAUGUACCUGUGGCGCCAGACGCACGACCCCAUCUACAGGGAGUGGGGCUGGGAGGUGGUGAUGGCCUUGGAGAAAUACUGCCGGACAGAAGGUGGGUUCUCGGGGAUUCAGGAUGUGUACAGCAGCAACCCCAACCAUGACAACAAGCAGCAGAGCUUCUUCCUGGCAGAGACACUCAAAUACCUGUAUCUUCUGUUCUCGGAAGAUGACAUGCUCUCGCUGGAGGACUGGGUGUUCAACACCGAGGCGCACCCACUUCCUGUGAACCACUCGGACAGCUCGGGCAGCUCGGGCCCUGUGCCCCGGCACUGACCUGCCGCCCACGCCGCCCCGGCACCUCAGGGAUGCCUUGCCUUCUCGGGGUUCAGAUCUGUUUCCAGAGACCCCACCCUGGGCAGACCCUGGGCUGAUAUGUGGGACCAGCAACUUCUUUUCCUCUGUGAGGAGACAGGACCUGGGGACUCGCGAGCCCAGGCAGGGCCCUGGCCCACAUUCCUUUCUACAGAGAAUUUCUACAGAUGUACUCGCCACUGCAGGGCCAAAGGACCAGAGUCACAUCUCCACCCUGUGCGUUGUCCACCUCCUUCCCCAUUUGGGAGCUUUGUUUUGCUUGAUUUUGCUUUUGUUUUGCUUUUCCUUUACAAUUAUGCUUUACUAUAAUUACAUAGAUUCCAAAAUCGUUUUGUUUGAAACAAUGUCAUCCUGAUGAAGGAAACCUCAAAACAUUUGCACAGAAAGCCUUGACCUCACACCUCUCUCUGUUUUUAAUGCCUUCUGCCCAGCAUUUCCUCUGUGUUCAACCAUGUUGCUACCCCGUGCUUUCAGCAAGGGGCCCUUUGACUUGGGCCCAAGUGGUACAGAUCACUAGCUAUAUUCCCAUUGUUGUCCUGGGAAAUGAUGUGAACUAGAAUAAAGGAGUUUAUUGAAUAAGGAAUCAGAUUGGGCUCAUUGCACAUCAGUGGCUCCUGGGCAAACCAGCACGCCAUCCUCAGAAAGAACAACCAGCCAGCCACAGAUUGAGCUAUCAUUUAGUAAAGAUUCCAGCUUCUCUUAUCUUCCCUUAAAUUGGUUCUGACAUAUUCAGGAAGUGGGAGGCCAAUCCUAUUGAUGGGCUUGGAUAUUUAUACUCAGACCGAGGCUUGGAGAAAACCCAGAGAGGAGCAACAAUUUACCUUCAGUCACACAGCCAGGAAAAGGCCCAGCUGGGCCUCACCCAGCCGGUGCUUAGUGAACAUCAGCCAUAGUCCACGUGCUGAGGUCAAGAUCAGAGGCCGCAAGAGAGCAAGCAGCCUUAAGCCCUGCCGCCAGGGGAGUCAGCAGCCAGGUGCCCCAGAGAAAUGAAGGGACAGCUUGUCUUGGGCAGGGCUGUAAAGGAUUCGGGCCAGGCUGAGCUACCAAUGGCUCAGGGUUGAACAAAGGCCUCUGGGACGGGUGGCUUUCCAGCCUAGACCCCCUUUCCACCUGCCCCGCACCCACCACAGCUGCCCUGCGAGAGGCCCCAACCCGGAAGCCACAUGGGGCGGAGGGGAGGGGGGGAAGGGAGGGAAGGAGGUGGUGCCCCCUCCCUCCCCACCACACUCUGCAGUCCAUCUGUGGCAGGCCCUCCCCGGGGCUCGGCCACUUCAUCUUGGCUCCGUUCAUAAACUCAGGUGGUUUUUGGAGUGCUGGAGCCCUGGGCCAGGUGACCUAGCUUUAAUUCCCUGCUGUGUGACCCCUGACCCAUCACCUUGCCCCUCUGUGCUCUCCUUUUGCAUCAAACACAACUUCCACCUCUCCAGGUUUCUGUGGGAGUAAGUGGGAUGCUCCCAGCUCCCUGGGGUGGGGGGAGGCAGGCAGUGCCACCUCCUGACUCCAGAGUCUCGGGCUCCCACGGGACCUCGGGCAGAGCUGUGCUGUACAGCCCUGGCAUUCAGUGAACAAGCCACAUGCUCCUGCGGUCCAGCGUACACGCGGAGAAAGCAAAAGGGAAGACUCGCUGCACCCACGCGGGAAGACCGGCAGGAAGGAAAGCCGUUCAUCCUACUCUUCGGAAUGAAUACUGUUAUAUUUUCUUCUAGACCUUUUUCUAUGAAUAUAUAGAAUAUAUAUUUUGCAAACAUGGUAUCAUCCUAUGCAUACUGUUUUCUUAUAAUCUGCUUUUGCACUUAACUAUGUAUUGUGAACUUCCUUUCCAUGUCAACAAAUACACACGCCUGUCACCACUG